GAGGUGUGUGAGAAGUUAACCCUGAUUUCCCUCAAAAAAAAAAAGUUAACCCUGAUUUCAAAUUUGAAAUUCUUCGCCAAGGUUAAUCGAAAUUGCGCGGGAAGAAAGAGUGUGGUGUAGAUCGGAAUCGGAGACCGAGAAAUGAAUCAUCACGAGAGACCACACCUCCAAAACUGGAUUGCCGGAGACGAAAGCGGCAGCGAAAUGCUGAAAAGAGUAUGGAGAGUCCGACCUUUCAUCCUCCCUAAGCCGCUUCACAGAGUUCCUCUCCGCGUCGGCAACGUCCUCGAACUCGUCGGUCCUUCGCCAUCCGCCAAAACUCAAAUCCUCAUUCAAACUGCAAUCACUUGCAUUCUUCCCAAAGACUGGAAGGGGAUAAACUACGGUGGAUUUGAACAUUUGGUUCUAUUUAUUGAUCUUGAUUCCAGAUUUGAUAUCCAGCGGUUUUCUCAAAUGCUUGUUCAUCGGAUUAUGGAACCUUAUGGGGAAGGUGGUGGAGAUUAUGAUAAAAAGCUAUAUGAUUUGUGUAUGUCUCGAUUUUUGUAUGUUCGUUGUUCCGACAGUUUUCAGUUUCUUCAGACUCUCAAGACAUUAAAUUGGCGCUUGGAUAAGGAGAAAGAAGUUCACGGGGUUAGUGUUCACUUGCUCAUGAUUGACAGUAUUGGAGCUUUUCAUUGGAUGGAUCGUGCAUCUAUGUUGUUGUCUCUAAAAGAAAACAGCAGGAAAACGCUUUUUCUUCAAAGUGUGUCUGAAGCGGUAGUUCAGGAUAUUAAAAAACUUCUUCAGGUGCAUCCAAUGCUGGUUAUAACUACGAAGUCGGUGAUUUUUUGGAAUAAAAGUUCCACAGCUUCAAUUGAGGUCAAAGGAAGUUUCAUGAAAAAUAAUUGGGAAGAAAGAAGUUCAAGAAAUGUAACAAGAAACAGUCAACAUUUGCAGUAUCGCGAGUACAUGCCUUCUGUCUGGCAGUCUUUUGUUACACACAGAAUACUCAUACGUUCUUCAGAUGAUCAUUCUGUUACAAGCAACUGUCAGAACUCCUCAUUCUAUUUGUUGGAAUGGUUAUUGCCAAGAUUGAGUUUUUCAGACAGGAUUGUAGUGAAAGAUGAUGGAGUUUUUCUCGAUUCAUGAAGCAUGUUUGCGGAGGAAUGUCAGUGUGAUACAUAACUGCUUUCCAGAAAGAUUGACCAUAUUUUUGAUCCUGUACAGUGGGAUAAUAGCACUGGCUGAGGAUAUUCUGCCGAGCAUUAUCUCAGGCUAAGGAAAAGAGCAUUCAAAGUGUAAUUAUUGGGCAAGAUCCAGCCACACAAAGAAACCUAUUGGAACUGGUGAGAGGAUUCGUACUCCUACAUCACAAGAGUCCAUCUUAGAUGUGGCGUCUAUAAAAUAGAUAACCUAAUUUUGCCAACCUGAUUUAGGGAAAGCAUCUAGCAGUUAUGCUUGAUUGCUAUAUUCUAUUUGCCCCCACAUCCUUUUCUAUCCGUGAUUUUGAUUAUGUACUUGAUAUCUGUAACUUUUCAGUGUCUCCACUAUUUUUGUGACCCAUCCCUGAGUUGAAAUUCUGGUGCUUAAUAUCACAACUAGUUUGUACAGAAAUUAUACGUUCGUUGAUUAGGAAAUGCCUUUCUCAA